UCUAUUUUGGACUCGAUUGGCGGCGCCUAAUCCAUCCUCCCCUCUCUUCACUUCCUCUACACUUGCUCUAUUCCAAUUGUCUACGGCGAGACAGACUGCCUGACUAACUCCCACUAACCAUCGAAUCCGAACCAAGAAUGGGUACGACAUGAAUCCGUGCAUUGAUCCCUCCCUGCUGCCAAACAAGUGGACCGCAGUAACAUGUUCAAUCAGACUGCCUGACUGACUGACUGACUGACUGGCAACGGGGAAACCCUCAUCAUCUGUGCGUUUGAAUCAAUCCGUGCAUGCGUGGCGGUUAUUCUUACUUGGUUCCCUACUUGCAUAUAUGCAAGUACAUACACCUCUCUUACUUGCUUAGCUCCUCGUACUCGAUUUUCUUAUUCCCCAAACUAUAUCUACUCGCUAUCAUCACCGGGACGCCAUCAUCAGCCAGAAUACGAGCCUGCUGACUGCCACCCCCGUCCAUCCACCUACACACGCACACACGUACAUACAUAACCUCUCUCCCACCACUUGACCUCACCUCCCCGAGUCCCAUGAUGCUGGUCCUGUCGCCUCCCUCCUCACGCUCCCUCCCACGCGACCCCCCCACCACCACCGCCAACAUGACCAUGGCCAUGAACCUGAACAUGGCCACUCUCCCCAUAUUAUCCUCCUCUGCCUCCUCGCAGCGAUCGUCUUCCAAGUCGCCCGCUCUUCCCUCGGCAAGUCGCCCCAAAUUACGCCUCGACACCCAGCCGCCCCGCUGCUUUGGCAAGAACUCGACCAGUCUCCGCCUCGACACCCUCAGCGCUGUCUCGCCCACCGUCCGCAACACCUUCUCCAACGCCUACGAGCCGCCCCAGCACCGCCCGCGCCUCUCGCUGCACACCACCUGCGACUCCACCGUCUCCCAAGCCAGCAGCGCAUCCACUUGCACCCCGAGCUCCGCCUCGACUCCCGCCUCCUCCUUGGACUCGGCCUCCAACGACUCCGCCACGACUCCUUUCCCCUACAAGCAACCCCACAACCUCACCUCCAUCCUUCGCAACAGCCAGGCCCCCGCCACCCGAGCGCCGCGCAACAUGGCCGCCGUACGCCCGUUUUUCCCCGCCGAGAAGAAGGUCUCGUUCCGCACCCCGCUCGACGAGGAGAUCACCACCAUCAAAUACACAUUGGCCCACUCGGACCUCGAAUCCUCAUCCUCCACCAUCUCGUCGCUCUCCCUCUCCACCACUUCUUCCUCGUCCAUAUCCGAAGAUGACGACCAAGACGCCACAUCAGAAGUCUCAGCCUCGAUCGAAAUCACUCCUGCGCCCCAAGACGCCGCAUCCUCUUCUUCUCCGUCAUCAGCAUCAUCAGCAUCAUCUACAACGGCUACGCCGAAUCCCCGCUUCCUGUCACUCGAAAACUCCCCGCGCCCACGAGGCGCACCCGCCGCCCGUGCAGGCGACAAGCGCGAUUCCUCCGAGUCAGACAGCGAUGACUCGUGCCCCGAGACCCCCGUAGCGGGGCGCCGAAAGAGGCGGCGCGACUGGCGAUGGACUCUAGGCCCUCUCCCGCCGUCGUCGUCAUCUCACAGGAAUAUUGCUUCGCCUGGUUCCUCUGCUAGCGAGGCUACUGCGUCCACGUCCGGUAGCGAGCACGACAGCUGCUGACGCUGAUGAUAUGAUGACUACUCUCCCAAUCCCUAGAUCCGAAUCUCACCCCAUCGUUUUGUUUCGGAAUCAUCUGCGGCGUUUCACAGCGGGCCAUCUUUUUUUUUUAUUCUUCACUUCGCUUCU